UCGCUGCUGAGGCCGCCGCGCGUGGUCCGUGGGGUCGGGCGGGAGCCAGGCCCGGCCCCCUGGGCAGGUGUCAGGAGGGGCGCGAGCGAGGGCCCGCCCUCCGCAGGUGCAGGAGGCGGGGCCACGCCCGCGCAGGUGACGCGUGCGCAGUGCGUGGCCGGGGUGAGCCCGUACGGCGGCGCGCGUGAGGAGCUGGCCCCAACCCUCAGUGAUGUAAGUGUCACCAGAUUCAGACUCUGUCAUGCACACUCUGCUUCCUGAUCCCAGCACCAUAGAAAUAUUGUGAAAAUUCAAGACAGUGUACGGUGAGGAUUUGUUAAAGGAAAUUUCAGAGUUUACAUGGAGCGCCAGGUCCCUUUCGGAAAGCAUGCAACCGAAGCCAUGAGUACAAAUAAACAGUGGGAUGUUAACAAAGCGCUAGCUGUUGCCAGCCUCUUUCAUUUUGUUUCCAGUGCAGGAAAUGCCUGUGUGAUUCCAUUUUUAACUCUUUACUUCCGGCAGCUGGGGCUGACUGCCCCUUUAGUAGGUAUUAUCAUUGGAAUUAAGCACUUAAUAUCAUCUCUCUGGGCUCCACUAUGCUCCUACUUUGCAAAGAGCCAGAGGAAAAGGAAAGUUCUCAUUACUGGAUCAUUGCUGUGUUCAGUGGGAACCGGUUUGCUGCUUACACUUGUCCCGCCUUUGAGCAAGGAUGUCAUGUACAAAUAUUGUAAUCUAAGCCAGCAAUCAAGUAGCUUAUUGAAUUCAGUUGAGGUGCCAGACAUGAGUCUGAACAAUCUGAGUGCUGCAAAUCCCAGUACUGUUACCAAUAAAGAAAUGGUGUCUGCAGAAACACUAAGAACAGCUACAAAUGUUUUGGUGACGAGUGGAAAGCCACCGCUAACAAGUUCAGCUUUCCAAGAGUUGUUUACCUUUACAGAUGCACAGAAGAAGAAUGGUAAAAUAACUGGUGAAGUGGGUAUAACUGCAGACCAUUACAAUAAUAGGCCUUCUGGCAAGAUAGCUGCUUCUAUGAAUGCAAUUAACCAGAUGAUACAAGAACUUGAGACACUCACUUCAAAUGAAACACCAAUCCAUGGGCUUGAGAAGGAGACCAAAACUCCAGACGCUGGGCUGCUGAAUGUGAAUAGUAAUCCUGAGAAAAACCUUUCUAUUGGUGGAAGUACUGAAUUUUCUUUACUUCAAACAAACUUUCACCCUGCUGGUCGAGCUGCUUAUGUUUUUGAAAAUCUGUCAAGUCACUGGGAGAAAGUUCGGGAUGUCAACUUUGAGCUCCUACAAGAUAUUAACUUUCUUGACCGUGAGCACCAGAUUUUUCUCAUGGUGCUAGGUGCUGUUGUGUUUUGGGAGCUGUUGGCUGCACCUCUCGAAUGGAUGGUUGAUGACAGUCUUUAUGAAUAUCUUGACUUUGUUGAUGCAACUGACCGAUAUGGGAAGCUUUGGAUUUGGAGUUAUUUGGGUGCAUCUGGAGGAGCCUGCGGUAUCACCAUAUUUGUAGAUCAGCUGAACUGCUUCCUCAGUGCUAAAAUCUCUCGUUUCGCUGUGCACUUCUAUGGCUAUGCCGUACUCAUCACACUCACAUUGCUCAUCAGUGUCUUUCUUCCUAUUCAUGUUUCCAAGAAAACAGAGCAUGUGAACAAAACUGUCAAAGCUCUGAACCUCAUUGGAAGUGAUGGCCGAACAAUUCUCUCUGCUGUCACCGUCUUCCUUACAGGAGUCAUUGGAUCUACUGUGCAGAAUUUUCUCUUCUGGCAAAUGCAGGACCGAGGCAGCAGUGAAUUAUACAUGGGUCUCUCGGUGGCUAUUGGACUGAUUGCUGAAAUUCUGCUUUAUGUCUUCAGAAGCAAGUUACUAAGGGCUCUCUCAAGUAGUGGUACUGUUGCACUGAGUUUAAGCUGCCUUUCAGCACAGCUUCUGUACUAUUCGUUCCUAUGGAAUGCGUGGUCAGUACUGCCUAUUCAGAUGUUGUGUGCCUUCAGCAAUGGUGCCUUAUGGUGGGCAGUUAAUAUGUUGGUUGACGAUGUAGCCAGUCCUGGGACAGAGAGAGCUCUGCAUAUUGUCCUCCAGGGCCUCUCAUAUGGCUGUGGAGCUAGCCUAGGAAGCUUUGCAGGCGGAUUUGUUGUGAGCAACUUUGGCUUGGCAGUUCUGUACAGGGCAUGCUCUGUAAGUUUGGCACUGUGGUUAAUCUUGUUCCUGAUUGUCCAGUCUAAGUUGCCUCGGCAGAAAAAAAUUAAUUAUUCUCGUCUCCUGGCUGCAGAUCCUAGUGAUGAGAGUGACUCUGACGAGGAGAAGGAAAGAGACUGGCUAGUGAAAGCUAUGAAAGAUGAGAACUUCAGUAGGAAUUGGUAACAUAAUCAUAUUUGAUCAGCUGUUCUGCAGUAGAACAAAUUCAGAGUACAAAGGUGAAAUUAUUAGGCAGGGAGGAAAGAAAUGCCCAGGAAUUACUAAUCAUUCCUAAGUGAUGGAAUAUACAGUGUACAUAUUUGCUUGGAAAGCUGUGUAUCAAGACCAUGUUUUAUAAAUCUUUUAUUUUCUUAAGAUUAAUUUAUAGUAAA